AUGGCUAUCAAGAUAUACGGUGUCGCAGUAUCUACUUGCACAAAGCGAGUAAUUACCACCCUUUUGGAGAAGGAGGUUCCUUACGAGCUGAUAACUAUUGACUGGUCCAAGGCUGAACACAAACAGCCGGAGCAUCUUCGAAAACACCCAUUCGGCAAGGUUCCUGUUCUUGAAGAUGAUGGAUAUUUUGUGUUUGAGAGCCGCGCGAUUUGCAAGUACAUUGCAAAGAAGUUUGCCGGCCAGGGAACCAAGUUGAUUCCAGAUUCCCAGGAUGAUAGAGGCUACGGUUUAUUUGAACAGGCAAGUCUUGCGCUGUCUUACCAUGCAUGCUCCAUUGAGACGAGCUACUUCAAUACUCCAGCGGAAGGCAUCGCUGACGAAAAGGCAUUCAAAGCGUACCGAGGAGAGACCACGGAUGAGGCAGCCGUGGUAAAGUACGUUGCGAAGUUAGAUGCAGCUCUGGCAACCUAUGAUACUAUUUUGUCGAAGCAAGCGUAUUUGGCAGGAAACGAUGUUUCACUGGCCGAUUUGUUUCAUCUUCCGUACGGUCAAUUGGCGAAAGACUUGGGGCAUAAGGAUUUAUUUGAGAAAUAUCCGAAUGUGGACAGAUGGUUCCAGCAACUACAGAGUCGAGCAAGCUGGGUGCAAGCAAAUUCGGCGACGUUGUAA